AUGGCCAGAUAUAAAACCAAAUCAACUGCAGUUUCUGCAUCUAAGAGAACAUCCAAACCUUCGAAAGCUUUAAAAGGUAAAGCCACGGAAGAGGUUGUUGAAGUAAAAAGAAAUAUCUAUUCAUCAGAUGAAGAAGCCGAGUGGUUGAGCGAAAAGGCUUCUAUUUCAAGUGGGCUUCUGAAAAAUCAGCCAGGAGACCCAGUUGAUGUAAAAAAAAGAAGAAAUAGAAAAGGUACAGUUGCAUUAAGAGAAAUCAAAAAAUAUCAAAAAAACACAGACUUAUUGAUUAGAAAGCUACCGUUUGCACGGCUAGUUCGUGAAAUUGUCCAAACUGAAUUUGGUAAUGAUGCAGACUAUCGUUGGCAAAGUGUAGCUAUUCUGGCAUUACAAGAAGCUAGUGAAGCUUACCUUGUUCAUUUAUUGGAGGAUACUAACCUUUGUGCUAUACAUGCAAAGAGAGUAACUAUUAUGCAAAAGGAUAUUCAUUUAGCUAGAAGGUUAAGAGGGGAGUAA